GUGACACUGCGUACAGGAACAGCUUCAAAAUUUUCCAAUGCAGAAAAGCAGACGGAAGGUGAGGGGACUAUCUGGAAAAGUUAGCAGGAAGGGACAAAAAGGAUGAGGGGAAGGAUUUUCACUUCAAUCAUCUUCAUUGGGAGUUUGUUGACUCUGGUGUGGUACUUACAGGACAUCAGCAAUGGGGAAAGUAACCAAAACCAGCAUAAGAUGAGAAGCGCACCUAACACCAUUGCUUCAUGUAAAAACUGCGGAGAGAAAAUUAAGCAGGCAUUAGAGAUAUACUCUGAAACCUGGACAAAACAAGACUUCAACUAUGAAAAAUUCAGGUUGGACCUCAGAGUGAACGUCAAUGGUUUUGACGAAGCCAUCAUAACCCAGACGAACACUGCAGUGGGAUCCAGGCUUGUUUAUGAUGGUGAGAGGAAGAGGAUUUUGAAUGUGACCCAACAGAUUUACGACUUAUUUCCAAAAGGUCAUCCUUUCUCAAAUAAAAGAUGGGACACGUGUGCUGUUAUCGGGAAUGGUGGGAUCGUGGCAAACAGCAGCUGUGGAAAAAUGAUCAAUUCAGCUGAUUUUGUCAUCAGGUGCAACCUGCCUCCUUUGUCAGACGGAUAUGAGAAAGACGUUGGUACCAAGACAAACCUUGUAACGGCAAACCCAACCAUUCUCUUUAAAAAGUUUGAGUCUCUAGUAGGACGUCGACGUCCGCUAAUGGAAAAGCUGAGUAGCUACGGCAACUCGAUGCUGCUCCUUCCUGCAUUCUCCUUUGGCAUGAAUACAGCUGUUUGCAUGCGAACUCUUUACACCAUUCAGGACUUUGAAUCUGCCAUCCACCCUGUCUUCAUCAACCCUGAAUACCUCAUUAAACUCUCUAAAUUCUGGCACACACACGGGCUGAAAGAAGCACGGCUCAGCACCGGAGUCAUGAUGACAAGCCUGGCAUUGGAGCUUUGUGACGACGUGCAUCUUUAUGGAUUUUGGCCAUUUGGUAUUCAUCCAUUCAGCUUCAAAAACCUGACUAAUCACUAUUACGAUGACAUGAAACCAAACACCAAUUUUCACUCCAUGCCAGUUGAGUUCAGCAUACUCCUCCAAUUACACAGAAAUGGCGUGCUACGCCUACACCUUGGGGACUGUCAAGAAGAUGAUUAGAGGUUACAUAAAGGAGAGCAAGUUCUUGUUUUGUAAAUGCAGGAUGGCAAUGACUGAGACGCUUAAUCCUGUUGAGAGAAAGGGAUUGGAUGUACAAAAGGUUUCUGGGGACUGUCUUCUCUAAGCAGGUUAUUUAAAAUAUAAUAAUACACUAUCUAUUCAAAUAAGGUGAGCUCUGUUUAUAUUUAUUAUUGUAAAUGACCAAACGGCAUUGAAACAAACUGACCACUAUUGAGAAAAUGGGUAACUAGUCACUUGCAUACACUAUGGCAGGAAUUAACUUUUUUGGUUGUAUCAGAAUGGUAUUGAGUCUUAUAUUUAUUUGGGGAAAUAUUGCUUUUAUGUUGCAAUCCACAAAAUAAAAAUCACUUUUACUAGUUA